GCUGCCACACUCAUCAUGGCGGCCACGGGUGCCCCGCAGCGCCACUCCCCCUAUGGCGGAGCAGACUGGGACGCCCUCUCAACAUGGCGGCCGGGGCGGGACGUGGACGGAUUCGACCCGGCGGCCGGCAGCAGUCCUGGCGCUGUCGGAAAUGCCCUCCUCGGCAGACCGCCGGGAGCCCCGCGGGUGCCCACCGUGCGGAGCGGUCCGACGGCGCUGGGGAGCCCCCGGGCCGCCCCCGCGCUCGGCGCCCUGGGGGGUAUCGAGCAGCUCCCCCGGCCACACCGCCGGGCGCCCAACGCCGCGCCCGCAAGAUGGCGGCCGGCUGCCCCGGAAGCGCUCGGCGCGCGGGAGGCGCCCAACAUGGCGUGGGGGUGGUGGGCCCGCGCCUGGGGCCCGCGGCCGAACAGGCUGACGGUGCUGCUGGAGCAGCGACAGGGUUUCCGCCGGGCGAGGCCGCGGCCCGAGGAGCCCCCCGCCGCCACCGCCGCCGAGGCGCGGCCCGGCCCGCCGCCCCCGCGCCGCAGCCUCUGCCCGGCGCCGCCGCCGACCCGCGCCGGCCGCCCCUCGCCGCGUCGUCUGGUCAAGCCGCUGCUCUUCGCGGUGGGGUUCACAGGCUCUGCUUUCGGAUCCGCCGCCAUCUGGCAGUAUGAGUCGCUCAAGUCGCGGGUCCAGACCUAUUUUGAGGAAGCUCGAGCAGACUGGUUGGAUAAAAUACGGCCGCAGAAGAGGGGGGACUUCAGAAAGCAGGUUAACAGCUGGUGGAAUAACCUGACUGAGGGUCAGCGGACUGUGACAGGUAUUAUAGCUGCAAAUGUCUUUGUAUUCUGUUUAUGGAGGCUGCCUGGUAUGCGACGGGUUAUGUUUACAUAUUUCACCUCAGAUCCAUCCUCCAAAGCCCUGUGUUCUCCCAUGCUGCUGUCUACAUUUAGUCACUUCUCUCUAUUCCACAUGGCAGCAAAUAUGUAUGUUUUAUGGAGUUUUUCCAGUAGCAUUGUCUCUCUUCUGGGAUGUGAGCAGUUCAUUGCAGUCUAUCUUUCUGCUGGGGUUAUCUCCACUUUUGUCAGUUAUGUUGCUAAAAUGGCCACUGGAAGGUUUGAACCAUCCCUUGGAGCUUCAGGAGCAAUAAUGACUGUCCUUGCAGCCGUAUGUACAAAGAUGCCGGAAGCAAAACUAGCCAUCAUAUUUCUUCCAAUGUUCACAUUUACAGCAGGAAAUGCUUUAAAAGCCAUAAUUGCAUUUGACACUGCAGGGCUUGCUCUAGGCUGGAGACUUUUUGACCAUGCUGCACAUCUUGGGGGAGCUCUUUUUGGAAUGUGGUACGUGACUUACGGCCAUGAGCUCAUAUGGAAGAACAGAGAACCGCUGGUGAAAGCUUGGCAUGAAAUGAGGACAAAGAACACAGGAAAGGGAGGAGGUGGAAGAUCUAACUGAUUCCAAUCCUGGAGAUUCCUUGUGCCCAAGUGGUAUAUUACUUGAAGACAUGGGAUUGAAUCAGUUUUGAAGGUUUUUUUGCUACUCCACAUUAAGCCUCUAAGGAGCUGAAGUUUCUAGUGUUAACUACAGUUACAAAAAUGCCUACCAAUAGAAAAUGAACUCUGACAAAGGUGGAACAAUAAAGGUUUUUAUCCUAUUGCUCUCUGA